AUGAGCCGCUCAAACUCUCAGAUUCGUCGGCGGGAGCCUCGCGACCAAUCGCCCGCCGACUCUUCCUCCGACGAACUCGCCGCGGGCUCCGAUCACGAUGAAGCCGAACGCCGUCGAGCUAGCUGGACUUUGCAAAAGGGCUUCACCCCCCAGCGUCCCCAAAAGUCUGGGCGCUCCUAUAGUGAUUCUGAGAGUUCUGAUGAGCUUGCUGUCGAUGCCGGCGAAUACUGGCGUUCCUCGCGCAAACGCAAUGAUCACCGAAGCCCAUCACCCAUCACACGCACUAGCAGCCAAGACGGCUCCCAGCGUGGAUUAAAUACCCCCCAAGAUGACGAUAUCUCUGGCCCAGAUACACAGGCACACGAUGCCGACGAAUGGACGGGUCGUGCCUCUACGCCUGUCCCUCCCCCACCACCUUCCAAGCCGGACCAUCUGAAUUAUAAGGAGAAAUUUGUCUUGCGCGGCCACUUGUGUGGUGUGUCUCAGGUUCAAUUCUCGCCGGAUUGCACCAUGAUUGCCAGUGCUGGUGCUGAUGCGGCUGUUAAGAUUUGGGAUACUGCGAGUGGUAGACUCAUUCACACUUUCGAGGGACACCUUGCAGGUGUUUCAACUCUUGCGUGGGCGCCUGAUGGCGAGUGGAUUGCCACUGGUUCCGACGACAAGACGAUCCGUCUGUGGAAUGUCAACACUCUUAAAGCACACACCAAGAUCUUCGAUGGUCAUCACAACUACAUUUACCAGAUUGCUUUCGCGCCAAAGGGUAAUAUUCUUGUCAGUGGCUCAUAUGACGAGGCCGUAUUCAUGUGGGAUGUUCGCCGAGCCCAGGUGAUGCGUUCUUUGCCAGCUCACUCCGAUCCGGUCGCCGGUAUUGAUGUUGUACACGACGGAACUCUCAUUGCAUCAUGCGCUUUGGAUGGUCUCAUUCGUAUAUGGGACACCCACAGUGGCCAGUGUCUGCGCACCCUAGUCAUGGAAGACAACCCACCGGCGACUUGUGUCAAGUUCUCUCCGAACGGCAAGUAUGUACUAGCCUGGACUCUAGAUGGCUGCGUCCGGAUGUGGAACUACGUCGAAAGUCGCGUUCUCAAAACUUUCCAGGGCCACGUCAAUAAUAAAUACAGCUUAUCGGGAGCCUUUGGUCUCUACGGGCCCUCCGAUACAAAGUUCAAUGUCCCUCUGUGCUUCGCUGUGAGCGGCAGUGAAGAUGGAGCCAUUCUUUUCUGGGAUAUUGUCAGCAAGAAAGUCCUGCAGCGCCUCGAUGCUCAUCAAGAUGCUGUGCUUUCCGUCCACACAGGAAAUCUGAAGGGCAAGCGCAUGGUUGUGAGCUGUGGGUUGGACAAAACGAUCCGUGUCUUCGAAGAGACCAGCGAAGCUGACGCCGAGGGUGACGGUGACUCUACCCCUGUUCCCGAGGCGCGCGCGCAGAACGAUACUCCUAUACAUGAUGCCGAGGGCGACAAUGCUAUGACCGAUGCUGAUGCCGAUGUAUCCGCUGUGCCUUCUACUACCGAGACCCCGGCGGAGACCCCGGUCGAAGAAGAUGUGACGAUGACAUGA